CCACAACUGACAAACUGUCACGUAUCGUAAGUUCUCAUAAGGUUAUGUUGAUGAUGUGAAAACAAAUUUCAUAAUUAUAAUACACAGAUAAUCAAUAUCAAUAUACUUCUAAAUUCCGCGAAAAAUAUUAAAAUGUUCAAAAUAUGUGAUAAUGAGAGAAAAUUGCCCUCAAAAUCCAUUAAAUACUCUCAAAGAUAUACCGACGAAAAGUAUGAGUAUAGGCAUGUAAUUCUGCCUCCACAUUUAGCAAAAUUAGUGCCUCGACCACAAAUGAUGACUGAAACUGAAUGGAGAAAUUUAGGGGUUCAGCAAAGUUCAAAUUGGGUUCAUUAUAUGAAGCAUACUCCAGAACCACACAUCUUACUGUUUCGACGACCAUUGAAAACCAAUAAUUCAAAUGAGUUUUGAAAAAUACGGUUGCGGGUUAUAUUUAUUGACUAAAUGUGAACAUUGACUUCUCCAGUUAUUACAAAUUUGUGGAUAAAUAUGUAGAAAUAUAUAAUCCAUAUUU